UGUGAGAGUGCAAAUGAGCCACAAGGCUUGGUGUAUAAAAACAGCAUCUUCAGUUUCACUCCUACAUGAGCUUCUCUUUCCAUUGAUAUCCAAGUGCAUUCUAAAGCUGAUCAGUCACAGUGUGUUUGACCAUGGGAAAGAAAGUGUUGAUUGUGUAUGCCCAUCAGAGCUCCGGCUCAUUUAAUGCUGCAGCCAGAGAUGCUGCCGUAGAGGUUUUAACAGCUCAGGGCUGCACAGUGACGGUAUCUGACCUCUAUACUAUGAAGUUUAAAGCCACUGCGACUGCUGAAGACAUCACUGGAGACAUUAGGAACGCAGAACACUUCCGUUAUGCAGAGGAGACCAAACUGGCAUGGGAGGAAGGGAAACUGUCAGGUGACAUCACUGAAGAACAACUUAAAAUAAUUGAGGCAGACCUAAUCAUCUUUCAGUUCCCUUUGUACUGGUUCACUGUUCCUGCAAUCAUGAAGGGCUGGUUUGACCGGGUGUUCACCCUGGGCUUUGCCUACUCGCAUGAUAAGCGCUACAGCCUUGGAAUCUUCAAGGACAAGAAAGCCAUGCUGUCCUUCACCACUGGUUCUCAUGAGUCCAUGUUCAGUGCAAAUGGCAUCAAUGGAGACAUGAAUGUCACACUGUGGCCACUGCAGAAUGGUAUUCUGCACUACUGUGGCUUCCAGGUUCUAGCCCCUCAGAUAUUCUGGGCUCCAUCUCACGUUCCCUCUGAGGCCUGCAACACCAUGCUGGAGGCCUGGCGUACACGACUGCAAGGCCUCCUGGGAGAGAAGCCGCUUACCUUUACUCCCUUGGACUGUUUUGAUCAGGAGAAGGGUUUCCAGCUGAGGCCUGAGGUGCAUGAGAAACAUGCUGCCAAGGAGUUUGGACUGACAGUGGGAAUCCACCUGGGUAAACCCCUCCCACCUGACAGCCAGAUGAAACCUGAAGUCUGAAGACGCUCAGGGUGCUUUUUGGGCUUAUACCUGUCGUCAACUGACAAAAUAAAAUGUCUGAAAUUCUAACAUU